GCGUCCCACGCAGCCCUGCUGACGAAUCUGUGUGUCCUGCAGGGCCUGGCACAGGAGAAGCUCUUGGUGGCCAUUCAAGAGCACACUCGGUGCUUGGGGGAGAACUUCAUUAUCUUUCCCACGGCCACGGUGGCCGAGCUCUACGCAGAUUCGUCACGCAGCACACCGAUUGUCUUUGUGCUGUCGACCGGCGCAGAUCCGACAUCCAUGUUGCUGCGCUUCGCGCAAGAGCUGGACAUGGCGUCUACCAUGGGCGUGAUCUCCCUUGGCCAGGGCCAGGGGCCGAAGGCCAUAAAGAUGGUCGACGAAGCUUGCAAGAAGGGCACCUGGGUGUUGCUGCAGAAUUGCCAUCUGUACAAGACUUUCAUGCCACAGCUGGAGAAGAUGUGCGAGACUCUCGAGGAGUCCAACAUGAUCCACAAAGACUUCCGCUUGUUCCUGACCAGCAUGCCAGCAGCCUAUUUCCCGGUACCAGUGCUGCAGAACGGCAUCAAGCUUACGACGGAACCACCAAAGGGUCUCCGCGCCAACGUGAUGCGAUCCUUCCUUCCGAUGACGGAAGACCAGCUCAGCGACUCGUCGAAAGACAAGGAGUGGCGAAAGCUUCAAUUCGGCCUGAAGUUCUUCCACGCAACCAUUCAGGAGAGGCGCAAAUUCGGGCCGCUGGGAUGGAACAUCCGCUACGAGUUCAACGACUCAGACCUGGAAACUUCCACCACGAUCACCCACAACAUGCUGGAGCUGGAUGGACCGAUCCCGUGGGACACGCUCCUUUUCGUUAUCGGGCAUAUUAACUACGGUGGCCGUGUCACUGACGACAACGACAGGAAGUGCCUGCUCGCCAUCCUUGAGAAGUACGUGACUCCAAAGAUCCUUGAGCCCGGCUAUACCUUCUCCGAGAGUGGAAUCUACAGGUGCCCGGACAAUUCGGACACGGCAGACAUCGAGUCCUGGCGGAAGUUUGUUGCCAGCUUCCCCCUAGCGGAGCAGCCAGAGGUCUUCGGAAUGCACGACAAUGCAAACAUCAGCUUCAUGAGCCAGGAGUCCGAGAAAGUCCUCAAUACGGUGCUGUCAAUCCAGCCCCGAGAGGCCGGUGGUGGCGGAGGCAAGAGCUCCGAAGAGAUCGUCGUGGAAAUCGCCUCCGAGCAGGAGUCGCGACUACCAGAACGUCUGCAUACGGAGAACGCGCAUCCGGAUAGCUUUGCGAUGAGCGAGGAGACCGGCUUGAUGACAUCCCUGGGAACGUGCCUCACACAGGAGAUGGCCCGAUUCAACCGCCUCCUGCAGCAGCUGACAAUGACUUUGAAGCAGAUCCAGAAGGCAGUCAAAGGAAUCAUUGUCAUGACUGGAGAGUUGGAUGACAUGUACAACUCCCUUCUCAACAACAGCGUGCCGAACCUUUGGAUGAAGGAUGGCAUCGGCUACCCAUGCUUGAAACCUUUAAACUCCUGGUUCGAGGACAUGAUCCUCCGCUUUGACUUCUUCCGAGACUGGAUCGAAGGUGGUAUCCCCGUCGCCUACUGGAUCUCGUCUUUCUACUUCCCCCAGGGCUUCCUGACCUCCGUCCUCCAGGGCCACUCCCGCAAAGAGCUGAUACCAGUGGAUCAGCUUUCGUUUGAGUUCGUCAUGCAGGACACUGCUGACCCUCAAGAGCUGGAAGGUGCCCCUGCCGAGGGCAUCUACAUCCAUGGCUUGUUCAUGGAUGGCGCAGCCUGGAGCUUUGAAGAUAUGGUGAUCGAUGACCAAGAAUUUGGCACGAUGUUUGUGAAGUCGCCGGUCAUCAACUUCAUCCCUUGGAAGGACAAGAAGCCCAACAACGAGAAGUACCGCUGCCCCAUCUACAAGACCUCGAUCCGCGCGGGCACCCUGUCCACCACGGGCCACUCCACGAACUUCGUCUUGGCCAUCGAGGUGGAGACGCUGAAUGACCCAGCCUACUGGACACUGAAGGGUGCAGCUAUGCUCACCAUGCUCAACGACUAG